AUGUCUAAGAAAGAGCCUAAGAAGUAACAAAAACAGUAGGAAGAAUCCAAAUCCAAAAUCAAUUUUGAAGAAAUCAUUAUGAAUAAUCUAUCUGGAUUUAAGAUGGUUUAGGAUAAUAGUGGAUAUCAUUUUACAAUCUUGAAUUUAAAUCAAAAGAAUGUAGAUACUUUAACUCAAACCUUUGGAAAUUACAAAUAUAUUGAAUCCAUAGAUUUAAGUGGGAAUAACAUUACUGAAAUAGUGCAACUUUCAUAACUGCCGUAUUUGAUCAGGUUGAAUGUUGAAGGCAAUAAUAUUAAGGAUUUGAAAUCGCUUGCUAAUGAGGAGGCUUUCAAAUCUCUUAAGUAUCUUAAUGCUGCUUCCAAUAAGCUUGUAGAAUUAGGUCCUAUCAAAGUUCCAUUAAUAUAACUUAAUCUGAAUGAUAAUAAAAUUGAAAAAAUGGAUACUUUUGAUGGUAACCCAAAAUUAAGGCAAUUGUAUUUGAAGAGAAAUAAAAUUGCAGCACUAACCUAGUUUUAAAAUCUACCCGAAUUGAAAGAACUCAAAUUGAGUGAGAAUAAGAUCAAGGCGAUCUAGGGAGUUGAAUUGCUCACUUCUAUUUCAAUAUUGCAAUUAAGAAAAAACCUAAUUGAAGGGUUUGAUGAAACAUUUCCAGUCUUGGAAAAUAUUGUUCAUUUUGAUAUUAGGGAGAACAAAAUUGAUAAAUUCGAUGAAAUCACCAAGUUGCAAACCUUGCCCAAUUUGAAAAGGCUGUUGUACAAAGGAAAUCCUUUUGAGUCUAAAAGUCCCAAUUAUCUCUUAGAUACAAUCAACAUUAUGGUAAGAUUAGAAAAAAUAAAUAAUAUCUUUGUGACAAAGCAACUUAAGGAGAAGGCAUUCUCAUUUGCGAAAGAUAAAUAUGACAGAGAAGUGGAGUAGAAGAGAUUGCAAGAAGAAGAGGAGAGAGCUAAAGAGGCAGCACUUGCAGCAUAAUAGGAAUAAUGA